UUUCUAAAAAACAAAAACAACAACAAAAAAAAAAAAAAAACAAGAAAACUAAAAGGAAAGCGUUCGCACAGAAGCUGUGCAAAUAGCUAGAAGGUUUCUGUAGGUUCCUGAAACCAAUCUGGAAUUUUCUAUUUUAGUGAAACCUUUACAACUAUGGAGGAGUUGGUUUACUGAUAAGUAAACUUGUGGGUGUAAAUGAAAAAAGAAAAAAAAGACGCCCAGUAUGCGUGCCGAAAGGAGCUGUGUGGUGAGACGCGGCUCUGAAAUAAUACAAGGUUUAAGUCCAUAAAUGGCGCGAAACUCGUCUAUAUUUUUAUUCCCAGUAACAGUUGGUAAUCAGUGCAUCCUCUCUGUCGCUGUCAGUUUCGAGAUCGAUGUACUGCAUCUGCACUGGAUGAAAGACACGUUCUUAUUGUUGAUACGCGAUGACGCUAAAGAGGCGCUCUGGUCUGCUAACAGAGAACAAUUUGUCACUUCUUCCCACCGAGAGGAGAAGCCCACGGUAAUGUGAAACUGUCAACUCGGGCGCGAGGACGUCUGGUGUCUGUCGCGUAAUAAGCGCUCCACUGACCACCGGACCUGGGACAAAGCUCCAGGACACUUUGUAGUGCGCGGAGCCCUGGGGCCAAAGAUAUCUUUAAUCACGAGGAAAUGAAGGUGCAUUUAUAUAUAUUGGUUUUAAUUUAUUUUCUCUUGCGCGCGCGUGUGUGUGUAUUUUUAGGCUAAACUCGGACCAGACACUCGCCAAACCUGCGACAUCUGGUGACAUAGCACUUGGUUAGUUUAAGUGAACAGCGGUGGCCUCGGACUUUCCCCCACCCCUUUAUUUUACCACUACGUGCAACAUUCAGCUCUCAGCAAGACACCCCGGGGUGCGCCUCCGCGUUUCCUCUCGCCCCAUCCCUCCACAAAAGAUUCAGCAACGCCGAUAAAGCUUCUAUCGCUUCUCCUGAUUGCCACGGGCACCUCUGGAGACACGAGCCGCAGUCUGAUCCGAGGGACCGGCCUCAGCUCCAGGCGGCGGGGCGAACACUGCAAAAAAAAAAAAAAAAAAAAAAAAAGGAAAGGAAAGACGUCAGAGUGAGCUGGCAGCCUUUGACUUAGGGUACGAUUUUCUUUAAAGGCCAUUCAAUAAAACGUUCUGUCAAUUCCUCGGGUGUUUCUUGUAACACAAGCAGGACAAAGGUAAAAGGCGUCACUUCGGCAAGUAAACUUCCGAAAUGAGUGGAUUUACUGCGAGCAGCCAUGACAAGAAGUCGCCCCCACCACAGACUGCUUUCCUACUACCUGCGACCGCACCACCACUACGCGCGACUCACUAAAACACCGCGGGCGGAUAUUUUUUGUAGUGCAGAGGGCGACGGGCGGGGGCCUCCGUGACACCUGUCCGGACGACACCUGGCAGGCGGGACGGAGGGUUGUGCGCAUGCUCCGUGUCCAGGUUGAAAUCUCUUAAAGCACUCGGGAGCCACAUCUACCUCCCCACCACUGGAGACCAAAUCUUCGAGCGAGAGGCACCGCACACAGGAGGUCUCACUCCUUCUCUGCAGCUGGAUUACCGUCAGUGUCUUAGUUCAGAGAUGCCCCGCUCCUUCUUGGUGAAGAGUAAGAAGGCGCACAGUUACCACCAGCCGAGAACUUUUGAGGAUGAAUACAGCAGGCUGGACACGAUCCUGGCGCACAUAUGCACAGAAGCAGACAAACUGCCAGAAGAUGACACCGACGCGUCCGUGGACGCGUACGGCCUCUCUCCGGACUCCCACCUGGGCGACGCCGCCGAUUACUCCCCCAAAUCUCCGCUGAGCUGCGCCGGAAGCCUCUGCGAUCGCUCCCCGGACUACGAGGACUUCUGGAGGCCUCCGUCCCCGUCUGCGUCGCCGGUUGAUUCGGAGAAAUCGCUGUCUCCUCUGGUGGAUGAGACGCAGCCCUUCAGCGUUCCUUUCCGGCCGUACGCUUGGAGCAGCUACCCGGGGACGGGCCUGAAGCCCCUGGUGCAGCAAAGCCUCCACCCCGGCUUAGAGGCGGAGAGGGGCCCGGCCGCGAUGGCCUUCUAUGGGGACAGGAGCACCCAUCCGGCCCUGUACGGGGACAGGCCUCUGGGAGAGGAGGCUUAUGGCGACUACAGGAGGCACGCUGCUGCUCUGCUGUUUCCUGAAGCGGGCCUGCAUGGAAAAACUCACAAUGUGAAGGCUCCAUCCGACCUGCUGUGCUCCAGCCUCAUCCUUAACGGUGCUUACAAGUGCGUCAAGUGCAGCAAGGUGUUUUCCACUCCGCACGGCUUGGAAGUCCACGUCCGCAGAUCGCACAGCGGCACCAGGCCGUUCGCGUGCGAGAUCUGCGGAAAAACCUUCGGACACGCAGUGAGCCUGGAGCAGCACAAAGCCGUGCACUCUCAGGAAAGAAGUUUCGACUGUAAAAUAUGCGGUAAAAGUUUUAAGCGCUCGUCCACGCUGUCGACUCAUCUGCUCAUACACUCCGACACGCGGCCGUACCCCUGCCAGUACUGCGGCAAAAGGUUCCACCAGAAGUCAGACAUGAAGAAACACACCUUCAUCCACACAGGUGAGAAGCCGCACAAAUGUCAAGUGUGUGGGAAAGCGUUCAGCCAGAGCUCCAACCUCAUCACACACAGCAGGAAACACACCGGGUACAAACCCUUCGGCUGCGACCUCUGCGGCAAAGGCUUCCAGAGAAAAGUGGAUCUGAGGAGACACAAGGAGACGCAGCACGGACUGAAAUGAAGCAGGACUUAAAAAAAAAAGAAAAGAAAGAAUGAAAGAAAGAAAAAGACAAAAAAUCACCGCACAAAUAUGUCCUGUUUUUGAAGUGGAUGAAGAAAAAGACAAAAAGCGUUUUAGACAAUCUUCCGGCUUGAGGACAUUUCUCGGAUCAAGAUCCAUUUUCAGCUUUGUAAAAGUGCAUUGGAAAUGUAUUUAACGACUGUAAAUUAUUUAUUUUAUUAAAUGAACCGUAUACGAGGGUGAGACUAAGCAGACUUUGCAAGUGUGCAGACAUGAGCAACACUAACUAUUACAAUUACACCUUGCUGCGGACUGUAAGAACGGGCCCAGGAAAACCAGAGAUAAGCUGUGAACUGCACACACGGACAUCAAAAAAAAAAAAAAAAGUAAAAUUAUGGUGCGCAGGUCUUUAACCCAAAAUAUUUGUGCUCACACUUUGACAACCGGAUAGGCAGAGGAGCCACAAAGAAAGAUAGAUGGAAAUCUGCGCUCCUCCAAAGAACGGAGGUAUUUUGUUUUGAGCUGGUAGCGAUGCUGGCAAAACAGCCUCCCCAGACUGUGUGAUUUAACAAACAGCAAACAGAUAGAAGCUCUAUCCCGCAGCCCUCAUUCCUCCUUUCGUGCAUAAUUUCUUUGCACAUUUUAUUGUCGGAAUAAAAGUUCUGUUGUUUAAAAAAAUGAAUAAAUAAAUAUGACUUUUAACCCUCA